AUAGUACAGGAACUGCUCCAGUAUCUGGAGAAAGCUGAUUACUCCAUCAGAGAAGCACUAGUUCUUAAAAUUGCCAUAUUAUCCGAGAAGUAUGCUAGUGACUACAGCUGGUAUGUGGAUACCAUUUUGAAUCUGAUCAGACUAGCAGGAGACUACAUCAGCGAAGAGGUGUGGUAUCGCAUCAUUCAAAUAGUGGUCAAUAAACAGGAAGUGCAGGGAUACGCUGCUAAGACCUGCUUUGAGGCUCUGCAAGCUCCUGCUUGUCAUGAGAACAUGAUUAAAGUGGGCGGGUACAUUCUCGGAGAGUUUGGUAACCUCAUAGCUGGUGACACUCGCUCUUCUCCUCUAAUCCAGUUCCAGCUGCUCCAUUCAAAGUUCCCAUUCUGUUCCCUCACCACUCGCUCCCUCCUCCUCUCUACUUACGUCAAGUUCAUAAACCUUUAUCCCGAGAUUAAGACCCACAUUCAAGGUGUCUUUGAACAGGACGGGCAGAGCCGUAACUCCGACCUUGAGCUCCAGCAAAGAGCAAUAGAGUAUCUUAAACUCUCUCAUAAAGCUGACGUGGACAUAUUGGCUACCAUAUUUGAAGUGAUGCCAGUCUUUCCAGAAAAGGAUUCUCUUCUUCUUUCAAAACUCUACCAAACUGCUCCGUGGAUGGCUAAACUUCACGAGUCCCCAGAGACUCAAAAACGAGAAACUGAUCCAGAACCAGUGGCAGCUGCCAGGCCCACCCCUCCUUCAGCCGGAGGAGAUGCAUCUGAUCCUAUAUAUGCUCAAGUUAAUAAACCAAAACAAGCUUCUAUAUUUGGCUCUCCUGCAGCAGCCACGCCCCCAACGACCACACCCACUGCAAACGAGUUUUCUCUGAUUGACGUCAGUCCAGCCCCAGCCCCUGCCCCUGUCCCUGCUCCUUCAGUGACUGCUCCUGUAGUACCAACUGAACCAGCUCCUCUUAGCCUAUCGCCUGAAGCUGAACAAUCAUUUAAAAGGUUUGUGAUUAAGAACAGUGGUGUCCUGUAUGAGAACCAUGCUCUUCAAAUUGGAGUAAAUCGGAGUUAA